UUUCUCCACUAAUUUUCAACGCAUUUCUCUCUCUUUCUAGUCUUUGAAGAAGAAAGAGAUCCCAAAAAACACAAACAAAGGAAGAGAAGUGUAUAUCAAAAAACUAGUGAACAAACAGAAGAAGACGAAGAAGUGAUGACAAAAACUUCAGCGCUUCUGUUAGUCGUCGCGGCUUUCGUGGCCUCAGUGGCCGCAGUUCCGCUCCAACAACAACAACAAUUGAUUCACGGUUCCGCCGCCGCAACCUCUGGCCAAUGCUGGCCAACUGGACGCCAAUGUCGUCCAGCUGUCGGCCAAUUGGUCCGUUUUCAGCCGCAACAGACUUAUGUCUAUAAACUGGAAACUGAAACCCAAUUCGGCGGUCCGUACGGCUCAACCGAUCAACACAUCCGUAUUCAGGCCGACGCUCACGUUUCGGCUCAUACGCCGUGCGAUCUGGCCGUCCAGUUGCGUCGUGUCCGCAUCCAGGGCUACGAUCAGGAACUGAGCCAACAGUUGGCCUCAGAACUGGAACAAUGGCCACUACAGGUCGCCUACGACGACGGCCGAGUCGAAGCCGUUUGUUCGACAAGUGAUGACAACGAAUGGACUUUGAAUGUCAAGAAAUCCAUUGUUUCCGCUCUUCAGAUGUCCGCCCGAUCGCCGUCUAAGCGAUCAUUGGUCGACGAAUCCGAUGUUUCGGGCGAUUGUGAGACCGAAUACUGGCCAACAUCGUCGUCGGCCAAAUCCGGUCAAACAGUUUACCGCAAAACCAAACGUCUCAAUAGCUGCGAGAACCGCCAACACGUCAUCUCCGGUCUGUUCCCUCGUGUUUACGAUCAACAACUGCCACUACCUCUGCUGAACGCUUCCUACGAAUGCCAUCAAACCGUUCAAUCGGCGAAUCAAUUGAUUCAAUCCGUCGAUUGUCACGAAUGGCAACGAUUGCCGUUCACUGGAAUCGCUGUUUCGGCCAAACUCUCGCUUCGACUUCAAUCACAACAAUCGGUUCUAUCGGUGGACAGAAUCGCCCGAAACAGACAUCACCAUCACUUACGGAUGUCUUUCUUUGGCCACAAAUCCGACGAUCAGAUCAACAAAAUGGACGCCAAAGACGUCGCCCGAACUCUAUGUCAACAGUUGUCGGCCGACGGCGACUACGAAAAAGCAAAAUCCGCGCAAACCUUUGCCGAACUGAUCCGUUCUCUACAAACGGCUUCCGAAUCCGAUGUCCAACGACUGCAGCAAUCCGUCCAAUCGGGCGAAUUGUGCGCUCAAUCUCAACAACAAAUGCAAGACUUGAUAACCGAUGCCUCGGCUCUGGCCGGUUCUCAAUCGGCUACAGCACUGCUUGUCCAACAAUCGGCUAAAUUGUCGGCCAAACGUCGCGAUUAUCUCUAUUCACUUCUUGCUUUUGCGCCGAAACCUUCGGUCGAAUCAAUCAAACAAUUGAUUCCGCAAUUAAAGUCCGAAUCGUUGGGAAAACACGCGAUUCUCGGUAUUUCCGGAUUAAUACACAACGCCAGACAUUCACGACAAUUACGUGAUUCCCGGGAAUUGCGUCAAUUGGCUGUCGAAGCACUGGAUUCGUUGGCCGACAGACUUCGGGAACAAAAGCCGACUUCAGUUUCGGUGAUUAAAGCCAUUGAAAACAUCGGAGAAAUACACGAAUCGCCGAAAGCACGUGAUUCGCUCAAACGUAUAGCACGUGACACCAAUGAAAAGGAGUCGGUAAGAGUGGCCGCCAUCAAAGCUCUGACCGAAUCGAUGGACGCGGAAACCCGACGGGAAUUGAAACAAGUGUUGGCCGCCGAACACGAGUCCAACGAAAUCCGAUUGACUGCCUAUAAGACAAUUGUAAUGUCGGGAAUCGAACGCCAAUUGUUGGCCGAAAUCAAGCAAUUGGUUGACAACGAGUCCAACAAUGAAGACAUUCGUGAAUAUAUUUUGUCGCAUCAGAAAAAUCUUCGCCAAUCAAGUGAUCCACACAAACGACACGUUCUGCCCGCGAAUGCACCCGAAUUCCCCGAACCCAACAACAAGUGGUCAGUGACCUCCCAGUCCCGUAACUACGAGUCCUCUUUUCUGAUUCAGUCGAUGGGUGUCGGUCUGGCCGUCGAAGCCGACGUAAUUCGACCGAAACAGCAGAAAUGGCCGCAAUCUUUGACAUUGAAUCUAACGGUUCCGGCCUUUGGAUCGAGUCUUCAGUUAAUCGAAGUACAGAUCCGUCAAAAAGGUUUCGAAUCAUUGAUUGGAAAACGUUUACAACGAAUGCCAUUAAUGGCCAGAGAUUUGAUUGAUUUUGCACUGAAUGCCGACCAAUGGUCAGUCAAUACCAACGAUAAAAACCCUGAAUUCGAAAUCUACGCCAAAAUCGACGGCAAAACUGUUUUAUCCGUCAAAUUAGAUGAUUUGCGAUCAACUGAUUCGUCGGCCAAACAACUGAUCCGUCAGUUCCGCGACCAAUGGCUGAAUGGCCAGACUAUCGAUCGGGCAUUUGCCGGCCAACCCGUGAAUACCCGCAUUCAGGUGCCGACAGCUAACGGAGUUCCCAUUGAAUUACGAUUGAAUGCGACAUUUGUUUCGGCUCUUAAGGGACGCAUAAAUGCCGACAAUUCGGGCGACAGUUUUGGCCUCAAAAUGGAGCCGUCGGUUGUCUUCCAGAUUGAAACCGGUGUUUCAUUCGCCGCUCAACAGUCGAGUAGUCGUCAACAGAAAUCUCUGGAAGCGAUGGCCAGACUAUCGAUGAAUCCGAUCAUUGAAUUCAAUGGACAACAAAGAGACGGAAAACUUGACGCCAAAAUCGGUUUUCCAAAAGACCGACAAUCGUUGGUCAGAAUCGAAUCGGCGGUCUAUGAACGUCAAGACAAUGGCCAACGACGACAGAUCGGCGGACAGCAGUCGUCGGACAACAAAAAGUGCAGCGAAUGGACGAAACGGCCGAUCGGUAUAACUGUUUGUCAAUCGUAUUCAUUAUUUCCAUUAAAAUACGAGAUUUCGGUCGAAAAAAGCGAUCGACAAAUGAAAUCCAUUGACUUUUGGGCAGAAAUUCCCCGAAAAUUCGAUCAAAACCAAGAGAUUCGCUAUAAAUUGGGUUUAAAUACACCGAAUUCGGAACAAGAUCGCGAACUAUCGGCCGAAUUGGCCAUCACUAGACCGUCGGGCGGUUUACAAGCAAAAGCUUCGGUAAAGACUCCGUGGACUCGACUAUCGGCUGACGGACUCUUGAAAAACGACGACAAAGAACAGUCGAUUCAGUUGUCAGUGGAAAAAGACGGACGAAAACAGUUGACAGCCGAAGCCGGUCUCGAAAGUCAGGCCAGAGGACAGAAACGUGAAUAUCGGCCGCGACUGCGAGUGCAAUGGCAGGACAUGGAAGCGGUUCAGAUGCAGGGAUCGGUUGCCGUAGCGAAAGGCAGGAAAAAUCAAUUGCAGAUCCAAUUGGAAGGAAAUCAGAAACAAUUCCUGAAAGGAUCGUUUGUCAGGGAAGGCGAACGCGCGGCCAAAGAGAUGCGAUUAUCAUCUGAUGUCUCGCUAAUGGUUCCCGGUCUGGAACUUCGGGUCAACGGUUUGGCCGAUAAAGCCAGCAAACACGCAACAGCCGAUCUGACCAUUGAAUACAGAGUUCAAAAAGGCCGUAAAGAAUCGGUUCGUUUGGCCACCAAAGUCCAGAAUCUGACCCAAUCGGCUCUGACCAAACUGUCGGCUUUCGGCGAAUUGACUUCGACUCAAUGGCCAAACGCUAACUUCCAUUUGGCCUACAAUUUGCUACAUAAGCCGUCGGAACACAUCGAAAACGAGUUGACGGUUGCCUGGAAACAACAAUUGGCCGAUAAAGUCCACGUUCUUCACGUCUCGAAACUGACCGAUAAGUCGUCGACCGAAAAAUCAAUGGAAAACACUUUGGAUUUAGAAAUAACUCCUUUGGGUUUGAAUUACGAGUUGAGAGCCAACGCCAACUACGAUCGCCGAACCAGUGGACAACAGGGACCCAAAUAUUCGGCCGAAAUGGUCGGCAAAGACCGAACCGGACGAAAACAGCGGGACUUUCGGGCGGAUGUCAAGUAUGAACACCAAUCCAUUAAACCGUUAUCCUUGGCAAUGGAGGCCAACCUGAAACUGGCCAAUCGGGAGAUCAGCUACAAGGAUCAACUACGGGAAAAGGAACCGGGUGUUUUUGCGGGUCAAACACAACUCCAGUGGGCACCGGCCAAAGUGGCCAAAGUUGACUACGAAUAUCGGACACAGAAAUCCAAUGGCAAUAAACAGGAAUUGGAUUUGACAGUUACGGCUCCCGGUCUGGACGGUCCGGUCAGACAUACGGGACUGUUGAAGAUGUCGCCAACGGAAUGGCAACUGAAAUCCAGAAUCCAUUCCAAUGAACACCAAGUCUUUGAUUUGGAUGCACUGAUGGCCGGCAAUGAAGACGAUUCCCGAUUUGCGGUCGAAACACCGUAUUUCGGUACGAAAGCAGCGGUCAAUAUGCGUCGGGUUCCCCGUGUGGCCUCAGUCGAACUGAAUGUUCCCGAUAAACAGUGGACACAUUCGACACGGUUUGAGUUGGCACCGGCCAGUGUUGCCGUCAAGUCGGACACCAAAAAACAACAGAAAACACUGUUUUCGAUCGACGGUCUGUACUCUCGCCGAACACCAUCGCGACUGACCAUAAGUUCCGAACCAAUUGACGGCCGUUUCGAUGUCGACAUUCUGUCGCCGAAAAAGUCGGCUCUAAUUGAACUGAAAUCUGCUUCUCAGGACUGGAAACACUCGACGACUGCCGCUUACGAACCCAAUCGGGAACUACAGUUGCAAUCGAAAACCGAACGAUCGGGAAAACCGUUGUUUUCCAUUGAUUCCCGACUAACGGAUCGGAAAUCGCAUUUCAUGGCCGACGCACCGAAACACAAGACUCUGAUCCAAAUGUCGGCCGAUUUGACUGACAAACCAUUGGAUCAAUCGGUGGCUUCGGUUGAGAUUCGUUCGGAUAAUUUCGAACACAAAACCCAAUUCGAAACGACACCAAAAGUGGUCACUGUUUCGGCAAAAACUCAAUUCAAUGGACAACCGAUUCACGCCGUUGACUACGAGUUGAAUCGUGUUUCGCGCGUGCAUUCACUGAAAGGUCUUUACGACGACUAUUCCGUCGAUUUGGAGGGAAAGCACUGGACAUCCGACUCACGUGACUCUUCACUGACCGAACCUUUCGUUCAAUUUGUGGCCAAAAACGGCCAGAAAUGGGAAACUUCGGGAAAAAUUCAAUCUCAAGACAAGAGAAACAAAAUUUCCGCCGAAAUCAAAGCCCGACAACACAAUCGUCCGCUAAUCGAAGCCAACGGUCUCUUCAAUACAGACCCGAACUCCGAGUCCACCAUUCGGAUCAGUUCGCCGACAAUUAAGGCUCAAAUCCAAGGAAUUCCGGCGAAAGGCGCGAAAGCCGACUGGAAUUGUCAUCACGUGUCGCACGUCAUGUCCGCCCAGUGGCCCGAAGAUGGCCAGUACGAAGUCGAAUCGCAAACACAACUCAAACCCGACAAACAAUACUAUUUCGCGGCCAAACAUCAGCCGCAAGUUUGGUCUCAAUUCGAGACUAAAGUUCCCCAAUUUGACGCCAUUCUCGAUGUCAAACACCAACAACCGACUGUUCAUUUCAAGGCCAACGGUAAACAACAACAAUGGCCACUGAAUCACGAAACUUCAUGGGAAGCCGACUCUCGAGGACAGACAUAUCGCGUGAAAUCAUUGACAAAACGGUCGAACAAUGAGAACGUGUUUCAAUUGGACGGAACAUAUCAGAGACAAAAUCGGGAAAUUCCCUCAGAAUUCGCCGUCAAAUACGGUCAACAAACUGUGGCCAACGUUAAGAUCCAACCGUUUUCUGGAAGUAGAUCCGGACGUCAGCUCCAAAUUGACGCCAAAUCUCCCGAAUUUAUUCACAAAACCGACGCCAAGAUUACCGACAAUUCGUUGACAAUUAAGUCGAGAACCGAUUCCGUGGAAACGGGAAAAAACAUCGCCAAAGUUGACGCCUAUAUUACGGGUAAAUUAGAGGACAAAUCGCACGUUUCGAUUGUGUCCACUGGCGGCGAUCACUCGGCAUCUGUUGAAGUGAUUCCACGAAAAUCUUUGGCCAUUAAUCUGGAAAAUCCGAAAUUCAUUCACAAAACGGAAAUCCAAUCGAAAGCCGAAAGAAACGGAUUUUCUUUGAAUUCGAAAACCGAUCGAAAAAAUGGCGAAAAUCUGUUGCAUUUGAAGUCUGAGUUAGCAAUCGAUGGACAAUCGCCGUCACUCUUGUACGCUUCAUCUGAUCCAUACGAUCUGCAAGUGUGGACACUGCCGAAGGACAGAAGCGCCAGAUUUACGGUAAAAACCGAUUCAUGGGAUCACAAGUCGGAAGCAAAAGCGGAAAAACAAAGAUUCGAAUUGAAAUCGAAAACCAAUUAUUUGAAUAAAGUUUUGGCAGAAGUUUCGGGAAAUUUCGAUUCCGAAGAACAACAACACGACUUUGCGGUCGAAAUGCCGUCAUUUGUGGCCAAAUCGCAGCUCAGAGGACAACAACACGAACGGAAAGCCGAUUUUGAUUACCGAUCAAAACUACCGAAAGGACGACACGUUUUGUGUUCAGUCGAAGCCAAAGACGGCUUUCGGGCAGAGAUUGCUUGGGAUGUGGAUAAAGACCCGCAACAAAAACUGGCCGUUCAAUGGUCUGGUCGUUCGGUUGGCGGCGGAUUCACGGGCGGACAGAAGAAGCUGUUGAACGAACUGACGGCCAGUUAUGCCGGAAACGAACUGAAAGUCGCUUCGGAAAUGGCCGACGAUUUGGUUCGCGGACCUCACGAAUGGACAAUCAAUUACCGACCGAAAUACCGACCGGAACGCGAUUCGGUGUCGUUGGCCAUCAAACACGUGAUCGCAAACAACGAAAUGCAAUGCAAUGUCUUGUACUCUGAAGGACAGACUCUUGGAUUUGGUCUUAAAUUGAACGCCAAAUCAGCGAAUGGCGAGACAUCCGUCAGUUUGGAGACUCAGGCGCCGAAUAAUCCGGAUUUGGAAAUCAAAUUAGUGGCCAAUGAAAGACAUAGCGAUUGGUUUUCCGAAAGAAACGCAAAACUCUUCGCCGAAAUCAAAGCCAUUCGACAAGCGAUCAGUCAUUCGGUUUUAGUGGACAUCAAACGCGACUCGAAUCACAUUUCCGGCGAAUUUAAAGUCGAUUCGCCGCAAACCAGUGGCCAAAGAGAAGUCCAGUUCUCUGUCGACCGAAAACAACGACAAUUGACGGCUUCUGUGAUCCGGUCUUCGGGAAAACAAAUGGAAUUAAUCGCGAGAUUGGCCGACAAAUCGGCGGAACUCGAGUUGAAAUCCAACGACCAGAACGUGCCGUCCAUUCGGGCCAACGCCGCUCUGACCAGACAAUCGGUGGCCGUAACAGUUGAUGCGGACACUAUCAGGAAAGUCGACUUUUCGGCCGAAAAAACGGGCGAAUCGUUGGCCGACGGAAUUGCAGUCAACGGAAGAAUCGAAUUCUGGUUUUUACCCAAAUAUGAGACCAAAAAUCGUCUGAAAUUUGACGGAAAAUCUCUGGAAUUGGAAUCAAUUGCCAAAUACGCGGAAAAAGAGGUUUUGGCCGCAGAUCUUAAGGCCAAAAAAUCGUCUUCGGCCGGAACAUGGACCGGUUCCGGACACAUCACACGAAACGGUGCCGAAUUGGCCACCGCUGCCCUGGAAUCAGGUCUCGGCGGACAAUAUUCGCUGAAAGCUCGUGAACAGUGGUCAGGAGUUCACGUGACUGUUUCGACACAAACAACGGGUGAAAAUCGAAAAGCAUUCGUAAAGAUAUGUCUUCGACAGGAAAGCGAUUGUUUGGACGCCAAAUACGACAUCACUAUUGACGGCCAAUCAGUUCCCCGACGGGUCUUCGUGUCAAUGACCAAAAUGGGAACAAAUCUCGAACUGAAGACAUCAUUCAUGGAACAACUGAACGACAAAACUGAAAACGAAGUCUCGCUUUUGGGUUUGACUUCCGGUAAACCAGUCGUCAAUCGAAUCCGAAAUCAACUCUUGGUUUCCGUGAAUUCGCAUUCUCUCGGCUUUGACUCACUCUUCACGGCUCGAGACCGACACUCAUCAGCCGUCGACUCUUCACUGAAACUCUACUUCCCGUCGAACCGUUGGCUUCAGUUUGUCGGCGAUUAUUCGCGUCGACCGAACGAUAUUCGUUGGAAAACCCGAUUGACCAGCGAUUCGGAUGUUCGGCCGUUGUUCGAAACGAACGGACACUUCGAACACAAUCGAGAGGCACAGGAAUCGCGAGUAUCGCUUCAGAUGACUUCAAACAAGUGGACACAACGUCCGCAAAAAUCCAUUGAAAUUGUGUUUCAAAAACCGAAUUCCGAGAAAAUCUUUGGCGCAAAAGCUGUCUUCGAUUUAUCCAAAGAUCCGAAUCACGCGCUGACUGUCGAAGCAAACAUCUUGCAGAUCCCGCUCUCCCAGAGCUGGUCGUCGGGUCCGUCGGCCAAUACAACAGUUGCCGUCGCUUUGUGGGCACGCGAUCGCCGACUACUGGACGUUUCAUUGGUCGGACACGUUAGCCGACAAUCGGCUGGACUUUCGGCGCGAAAUAUCGAUCGAAACGGAAAUGAAAAACAAGUUUUCUAUUUCGUUGAACUGAAAAAUCAGAACCGAUUGGAAGCAGUCAUAAGAGAUCCGAAAAGAUUUCUUGUAAUUGACGGACAGUUCGGCAAAACCACUGACGAAGUGUCCACUGAUCUGACAGUCAGGGAUCAGAUCACUGGUCAGGAACACGAAUAUCGCUAUUCUGUGGACAAAAAGUGCGCAAAACUCGAGACCAAAGAGAACUCUUUGCCGAAGAAAAAAGCGUUUUUCUGUUUCAAUGGCGACAAUCGAAACGAUCGAACGGUUAGUCUGGAAAUCGCUUCCGUAGGCAAAGACGGACAACCAAUGACUGCCGAUCUGAACAUCGAAUUGGACACCCGAUCGGGUCGGGCGUUGAGAGUGGACGCCCAAUGGACACCGUCGGCUCUGAAGGAAAUGUUGAACGAAAUGAACAGAAAUUAUGGCGAAAAUUACGACAAUUUCUAUCAGGAAUUCCAGAAAGAAUUGAAACACAAAUCUUCAAUACUUUCGCGACAAUUGUCUAACGAUUUGUUGGAACCGUUGGCCGCCGUCGUAUCGGACGAAGCCUACGAUACUAUUCAAGAGUUUCUUCACGGCUUUGAUGGCGCACAACGAGCCUGGGAUCGAAUCCAACAGUUUUGGUCGCAAUCUUAUCAAUGGAUUUACCGAUUCUACGGAAAAGUCGGACAAUUGGUCAACAAUUCGGAAUUCGUGGACACAAUUGUCUCGUUCUUCAGACAAACCAAUCGAUUGAUUCGGAAAACAUGCAAACGAUCGGACAGUUGUUAUCGAGUUCUCUAUUUUGUCGAUAAUUUCAGUUCGGAUUCAAUGAUUGAUGUCCUGAAAGAAGCCGCCGAAGUAACGGCUCGUUCCGCACAUCGAGUGGUCGUCAAGACUGUCGGCUAUUGUCGGCUAAACAUUCCGUUUAUCGGCGAAUAUACCGAACGAUGUUUCGAUUAUUUGACGCAAACUUUCGGCCAAUUAUUGGAUUCAAACGAAUCGGUGUCUGAUUUCGGACGAAAACUCAAAGAAUUGUUUCGAAAUGUUUUGAACGAAAACUUCGAUCAAAUCGAUUGGCGAAGUCUGGCCCGAACUCUGGCCGAUAUGACCCGAACUGUCUGGACGGCCGAAAUCGGACAACAAACCCGUGUUUUGGUUUGGGAUCCGCAAAACGGCAGAAUUCAGGUCGAACUGAACCAACCGCGACAUUCGCGACAAUUGCGGUCAACUGUUGUCGACAUGAUUCGUCCGAAACCGUCGUUCGGCAAACAAGUGGCCAAAAAGUGGUCAGAAGUUGAAUCUGCGGUCAAACGUAUGUUUGUCUGAAUAAUAACUAAUGUUUUAAACAAUUAAUUAAUUAAUAAUGAAUUCAUUUAAUGAAUAAAAAAAACAAAUAUUUUUCUGUAAAACAAUUGAAUUAUAAAU